GCCCCUCUGAAUAAAGGGGCGUGGUUUUGGCUUAACUGCGAUGGGGAAAGAAAGACGCAGCUGGCCAGAAGAACCUUCACAAGGACUUUGGCUGAACUACAUUUUCCAAUCUGUGUAGGAAAACUAUUUAACGUCAUCACUCACUGACACAUGCGCAAAGGGCUAGGGAUGAGGACGAGUAAGCAACAAGUAAAGCGAGAACAACAAGCAACGCAGCUAGCUACCAAGAAGAUGAGUGUGUGACCCAGACAGGGCCAAGAAAACAGAUUUCGGACACCAUGAAUCCUGAAUAUGACUACCUGUUCAAGCUGCUUCUGAUUGGUGAUUCAGGGGUGGGAAAGUCUUGCCUCCUGCUUCGAUUUGCGGAUGACACCUACACGGAAAGUUUCAUAAGCACCAUCGGCGUGGACUUCAAAAUCCGAACUAUUGAAUUGGACGGCCGGACCAUCAAACUACAGAUUUGGGACACUGCUGGUCAGGAGCGGUUUCGCACCAUCACCUCCAGCUAUUACAGAGGAGCCCAUGGUAUCAUCGUUGUCUAUGAUGUUACAGAUCAGGAGUCUUACAACAAUAUAAAGCAGUGGCUGCAGGAGAUUGGCCGCUAUGCCAGCGAGAAUGUCAACAAGCUGCUGGUGGGUAACAAGUGUGACCUCACCACCAAGAAGGUAGUAGACUACACGACAGCCAAGGAAUUUGCUGACUCCCUAUCCAUCCCCUUCCUGGAGACCAGUGCGAAGGACGCAACUAACGUGGAGCAAUCCUUCAUGACCAUGGCGGCUGAGAUUAAGAAGCGCAUGGGGCCCGGGGCCACGGCAGGAGGAGAGAAGCACAACCUGAAGAUUGACAGCACUCCAGUGAGGCAGUCUGGGGGAGGAUGCUGUUAGGACGGUCCUGCCCUCUCCUCUCACCCCCAGAGGCCCAUGAGUAGAGUAACAGUAUUGGGUUGAAGUUGGGGUACUUCUGACAGAACAGGAAAAUAUGGUGGUGGGAUCUUCAAGAACUGGCUGACAUUUUUUACCUCUUGACCAAUGCCCAUAAUUGAGUGAGUAAGAAAGUUUUGUGCUGAAGGAAUAGUCCCCCCUCAACUCUUUAAAAAAUAAGAAAAAAAUUCAACGAUAUGCACAGAAGUGGAAAUAUCUUAAUAAAAAAAAUGUGAUAAGGCAUAACUGAU